CACACGCAUAAUAGUCAUAUCCAUUGCGUGUAUUGUCUUGUUUCUCUCUGAAAAAGCUUUCGUUUUCUUUGUGUAAUUCUUUCGUUAGACACAGCUAUGGACGCGUUCUCUUCUUUCUUCGAUCCUCAAAUGGGCUCUCGUAACAGUUGGAGUUACGAUUCUCUCAAGAACUUCCGCCAGAUCUCACCCAAAGUUCAAACUCAUCUCAAACAGGUUUAUCUUUCAUUAUGUUGUGCCCUGGUAGCUUCUGCGGUUGGAGCAUAUCUCCAUAUCCUCUGGAACAUUGGUGGCCUUCUUACUACGCUCGGAUGCAUUGGUUGCAUCGCUUGGCUUCUCGCGACUCCUCCUAAUCAAGAGCUAAAAAGGGUUUCACUUCUCAUGGCAACAGCAGUUUUUGAAGGGGCAUCUAUUGGUCCUCUGAUUCACUUGGCCAUUGAAAUUGAUCCAAGCAUUCUGAUCACUGCAUUUGUGGGAUCUGCGGUGGCCUUCGGGUGUUUCUCAGUGGCUGCAAUGUUGGCAAAACGUAGAGAGUUCCUUUACCUGGGAGGUCUUCUUUCUUCUGGUCUCUCCAUCCUUUUCUGGUUGCAGUUUGCAUCCUCCAUCUUUGGGGGCUCUACAGCGAUCUUCAAGUUCGAGUUGUAUUUUGGGCUCUUGGUUUUUGUGGGCUACAUGGUAGUGGAUACCCAGGAUAUAAUUGAGAAGGCACAUCUUGGGGAUCUCGAUUACGUGAAGCACUCUCUGACUCUUUUCACUGAUUUUGUUGCUGUCUUUGUCCGAAUCCUUAUAAUCAUGCUGAAGAACUCGUCCGAGAAGGAGGAGAAGAAGAGGAAAAGGAGGAACUAAAUUUGGAGCUUGGCAAGCAAAGGAAGCAUCUUUGACCAAGGACUCUGUAGAUUUGUUCUUUUCUUUCGGGACUGAAGUACUGUCAAUACUUGAAACUCUAGGUUAUUCGGAGGGGCUAUGUUUGGGUUUGGGUUUGGGUUUGGGUUUGGGUUUGGGUUUGCGUUUGCGUUUGCUUAUGGGCUCAAUGGUAGUAAAUGUAUGAAUUCAAGUUUGCAAAAAACAUGACAUGUUAACAUUUCACUUUUUUUCUAAUAUGAAAUCUCUCUAUUGGUCGGGAGUUGUGAUUGA